AUGGACGAACUGGAAAAACUCUCAAAUAACCUUGCUUCUACGUCCAUGAAUGAUAAAGCUCCAAAAAUUGCUGGAUUAUCGUAUCUAUCAAUGCCGAAGAUUGAAUUGCCUACAUUUUUUGGGAAUUACACGAAGUGGGAAAAUUACAAAGAUUUGUGCACAUCUUUGGUUCAUUCAAAUCCUGGAGUCUCGUCAGUGGAGAAGCGUCGUCACUUAAAAUCCAGUUUUAUAGGUGAAGCGGCUCAACUUCUUCAUCGAAUUCCGAUCACUCAAGGCAAUUAUCAGCGUUGCUGGGACCUACUUUCGGAGCGCUUUGAGAAUAAAAGAGUUCUUAUCAACUCUCAUUUGGCUGAGCUUUUUCAAUUCAGCUAA